AUGGAAGGACAAAUGAAGACUUCUUUCAGGUUUUCCUGAACUAAGCCAUGCAAGCGUGCUUUUGUUUCAGGCACAUUUAAUGAUUUUCACCUUGACAUGCUGACAGGUGAUAAUGAUAAAUUCCUAAACUCUAUGGUUCAGCCAGGAAGGAUUUACUACCGAUUCAAAAUUGAUGGACUUUACCAAGUUGAUACUUCAAAACCUACAACGCUUUAUGAAAAAACUCUAUACAAUUAUGCAGACAUCACAGCGCCGACAUUACAGAUAAAUUCAAAACUCAAAGAAAAACCAGAAUUAAAAGCACCGAAUAGUAACAAAAGCACAUGCAAGUCUAGUUCAGCCACUUCGCUGACAACUUCGCCAUACCGCACUAGACCUUUAAGUACAUUUCGAAAUUCAAUAUCUCUUUCAAAUAUUAUCAAAAUUCAAGCCUGGAUCCGUUCAGUUAUACAAAGAAUCCGAUUCAAGCGUUACCUAAAACAUAUAAGGACAGUAAAAAACAGAAAAAACAUCAGUGCUGAAACGACCUUUGACGCGCAUGAUGGGUAUGAAAAAUUAAGAAAAAAAGUUGAAGUUCUUACAGAAGAAAAUCAGCGUUUGAGAAAAGAUUGUAAAAUAUUGCAAUCAAAAGCUCUCACGUGUAAACCUCCACUAAAGAAACUUGAUGUUUAUAAAACGACAAGAAAUUUCAAAACAGGGUCGUUUUUGAGGCUGAAUGUCAGAGAUGGAGGGAGACUGCUCAAUAGUGUUUCACCUAUUAAAGGCAAGUUCGAUUAA